AUGAAGUUCACCCUCCUCUCUGCUGCUGCCGCCGUCAUCGCUUUUGCCUCCAGCGUCCAAGAAACGUCCCCGUACCCGAUCGUGGCCACGUAUGAAAAGCUCGUGCAUGAGGUAACCGCCAAGAUUCAAACCACCGACUUGAAGCAGUCCCUGGAGAGCUUUGUGAACAAGUAUGCGAACCGUCUUUUCAACUCAACCGAAGGCGGCCAGUCGUGGCACUGGAUCUAUGACCAAGCGGUCGAGUUGGCUUCCACGACGGUGACCAACACCAACGUCAAAGUCACCGUGCGACAGGUCACCCACCCGUGGGGGCAGUACUCUGUGAUUGCCCGCGUUGAGCCUACUACUACUGUCAAGGACGAUAUUGUCAUUUUGAGUGCGCACCAAGACACGAUCAACAAGAAAGACUGGAAUGACACUGUGAAGCGCUACAUCGCCCCUGGGGCCGACGACGACGGAUCGGGAACCGUGACCAUCUUGAAGACGCUUAAGUACUUGCUGGCGACCCCCGAGUGGGCCCCCAUCCGUCCCGUGGAGUUUCACUGGUACUCCGCCGAAGAAUUUGGCCUGCAAGGAUCCAAGGCAGUGGCGGAGGAGUAUGCGAACGCCAGAACAGCCGUGUACGCCCAGAUGCAGCUGGACAUGACGGGGUACGUCCGCCCUGGUACGACCCCUGUCGUGAAUUUGAUCUCCGACUACAUCAACGAGAACCUCAACACUUUCUUGGAGACACUCGUCGCGACCUACGUGGGCCUCCGCGUGAACCACACAGCGUGCGGCUACGACUGCUCGGAUCAUUACUCGUGGAACAUAUCGGGGUACCCCUCGUCGUUUCCGUUUGAAACCGAGUUGGUCGACUUGAACCCGAAUUACCACUCCCAAAACGACACGGUCGACACCAUCGAUUUUAACCACAUGGUCGAUUUCACCAAGCUCGCGAUUGCGUACGCUGUCGAGCUGACUCAGGAUAGCGCCACGUCAUGCUAA